AGCAGCAGUGCACUUGAAGCUACACUAGGGGCGGAGUUUGACCUCUCAAGUCUCAAAACAUCACUAAUCCGCGUCGGACAUUCUGGCUCAUGCACAGGCCAUCACUGGCCCCGUUUGUACAGAAAGAAGGGACGAUUUUUUUUAAACCGAAAUAAUACUGUCCUGCCCGGGUCUGUGUGGCUGCAAACAGCGGCUCGAGCUGCCGCUUGUGUUCGUGUCGGAGGGCUUGGGAAUGCUGCAGUAUGACAGAUAGUGCGUUACAUGCUUUCUAGCCAGUUUUAUUUAGAGGAUUCGGGGGGAAGUGUUGGGAUUUGAGUGUUGACAGCUGGACCGCCCUGCGCUUUCAUUGGAGGCAAGUAUCCGCUUCCCUUUAAGAUAUUGUUCAGUUGCCAUUCAAUGUCCAGUAGCACAUGGCUGAGGCUGCUCUGUGGCUGAUCCUGACAAUGCCUUCGACUAACCGCUCCGGAGGGGUGUGGGGAUGAAAUGGAUGGAGCCCAUGGCCAGACCAGUGCACCAGCUCCCACCUCCCAGCAUGUCCAGCCGCAGCAAGUCUCCACCCAACUCUGGAGAAGCUGCAGGCUCUAACUCCAUGGCAUGGGUAAAGAUGUUCAAAAAACCAGGAGGAGGCCUGAAGAAAUCCUACCAGCCUGGGAGCAUGCUGUCUCUCGCGCUCACCAAAGGCCUGCUGAAUGAACCCGGGCAAAAUAGCUGCUUCCUAAACAGCGCUGUUCAGGUGCUUUGGCAGCUGGACAUCUUCAGAAGAAGUCUGAGGCAGCUCUCAGGUCACUUCUGUCUCGGUGAUGCCUGCAUCUUCUGUGCUUUGAAGAGCAUCUUCAGCCAGUUUCAGCAGAGCAGAGAGCGCGUGCUCCCCUCCGACAGCCUGCGUAACGCCCUCGCUGAAACCUUUAAGGAUGAGCAACGCUUCCAACUUGGCCUGAUGGAUGAUGCUGCUGAGUGCUUUGAGAACAUCCUAGAGCGAAUUCACUUACACAUCGUUUCAGACACUGCGACGGACGCAUGUUCAUCCAAAUCCUGCAUCACCCAUCAGAAGUUUGCAAUGAUGCUGUAUGAGCAGUUUGUGUGUCGCAGCUGUGGUGCAUCUUCAGACCCACACCCAUUCACAGAAUUCGUACAUUAUGUCUCAACCACAGCUUUAUGCCAACAGGUUGAUCGCAUGUUGGGGAAGAACGAACGGCUCAGGUCAGACAUGUUUGGAGAAUUGCUGCAGGCAGCAAACAACACAGGUGACCAACGAAGCUGUCCGAGCAACUGCGGUCAAAGUAUCAAGAUCCGCCGUGUGCUCAUGAACUGUCCAGAGAUUGUCACUAUUGGAUUUGUAUGGGAUGCUGAGCAGUCUGACCUCACGGACGAUGUCAUUCGGUCACUUGGCCCACGUUUGAACCUGUGUGGGCUUUUCAACCGUGUCACGGAUGAAAAUGCCAAACAGAGUGAGCUUCAUCUGGUGGGGAUGAUCUGUUUUUCGAGUAAACACUACUCAGCCUUUGCCUAUCACACCAAAUCUUCAAAAUGGAUGUUUUUCGAUGAUGCUACUGUAAAGGAGGUUAGGCUCUCUGUGCUAUUAAUCUGCUUUAUCCCUGUUACUGUGUGUUACAUGCUGUUAUAUCGCACUCUCCUUUUUUUUCUUUUUACCAAGAUUGGAUCCAAAUGGAAAGAUGUUGCCUCUAAAUGUGUCAGGGGACAUUACCAGCCGCUUCUUUUAUUUUACACCAAUCCUGAGGGAUCUCCAGUGUCUAAUGAAGAUGCACCGAGACAAACCACCAUGUGUCCUCGGUACAAAGCCCAAAUGAAUGGUGACGUGACAGUGAAACUUCCCCUUGGCAGUCCAAGCAAAUUCCAGGAACCUUUCAUGGAGAAUUUGCAGAGGCCAAGUGAAACAUCAAAAAAGGAUCGAGGGCAUCGGAAAACGGACCAAUCACAACACAAAGAAAUGGCACAUGCAAGAUCUUCAUCUCCUCCAGAGAAUGGACCGAGGACUCCUGUAGACCAAAAAUUAAAAACCUAUCCACGCACUGAGAAGUCAUCAAACCAUUCAAGCAGAGGAUCUCAGGAGCCACGUGGGCAGUCCUUCAGUACGCCUGGUGGUGGGCACAGCCGGAAGAACAACACCUCACCAAGUCGCCCUGAUCAGGAUAGCUGCCAGGAGCAAUGGGAAAAAAGUGGAGGUGAAGGAAGCCGCAAUAAAUCGAAGUCCACUUGGAGACCCAUUCGGGAGGUGUUGAAUGUAGACACUGUUCUGAACGAACUGGAGCAGCGUCGUCAACAGCAACACGACAGCCCCCGGCACAGUAAGCCUUCAUCACAGGAAAGACUGCACACUGAACAAAGCCGAGACCGCGAGCGGGAAUACGUACGAACCAGAGAAGAUAGGAAGCAGAAGUGUUUAAUGACAAUUUAUGAGGACGAGCAGCGGCAUGAGACUGAGAGCCACAGCUCUGUAGAGUCAGAGAGCAGGGCCAACCAGCAGAGGGGCAGCAGACUUAAGGGGGGGCCAAAGACAUUGCUGCGAAGUGAUACCUGGACCAUCCAAAGGACAGAGUCCGGCUAUGAGAGCAGCGAUAGACUCAGCAGUGGCUCCACCAAUCCUGACUCCCCUGGCGUCGAUGGCUUUGUUGUUAAAGACCAGAGAUCAACACCAGAGGCACAGCUGCAAAGUCAGCUGCACCAAAAGGGAGGCGAUGCCAAAUCAAGUAUAAUUUCCUCUCCUUCAAACAAUGGUAAACAUCAACCCAAACCUCAGGGAAAGAACAAUGACCAAGUUUCACAUUCACAUCUAAAGUGCAGUCCAAGUGCGAGACGGAAAUCAAAGUACACUUGUAAUACCUCCAGAAAAGCAGUAUCCUCAGAGAGGGAGUCCACUGGUUCAGACAACAGGCCGAGUGAGCAGACCAACUGCAGAGGGCACACAGGAGAAAGUACAGCUCUGAGGCACAUUACAAAAACCAGCAGCUCUGAAUGGAACAGCUCCGAUGAUCUCGCUCUCUCUGAGCCCGAGGACAGAGAAAACACUGGCACCUCUGAAUCCCAGUGUCCUCAUAUAACCCUGCCAUACCACCCUCCCAGCAAUGUGACUGCAGAACUGCUCCAACUGAACAAUCAGCGUCAGCUCGGAACGACAGGGUCGCCUCACCUUCGACCGCCCCAGCGGAUCUCUCCUCACCAGGGGGAAACGAGCCACGCGGUCUUUCGUCCGAGGAUGCUUCAAGAACCCUUUCCAUUGAGUCCUCGAUUUUCGUCCACGUCCUAUGUUAGUCCUCAGAGGAGGCCUGACAUUUCAGGCCUCAGAACCUUCUCAGAUGCAAGUUCCAAGUCGGGCUCUGACCCAGAAAGGAGUACCCCAUCAUCAUGUGAAAGUGAGGAAAGACUGACUGGAUGCAGAGUGGAACAAGCAGCGCCAGCUCAAGAGGUUUCUCUAACAACAUACUUCACUGUCGAUAACUGCAUGACGGAAAUGUACCGCCUCAAGUACCACAACCAGAGGCCUCUUGUCCUCUCAGCCACGGUGCCGCGGACAGUGGUUGUGACUGAGCGCAGAGAUACCAGCCACACACUCCCCACUGACACAUACUCACAAGAUGUGCCAAAAGCCAGACCUGAUACAAGCCAUAAUAGCAAUAAACCUACUGCAAAAUGGAACCCAGUGACAGCCAAAGGACUGGAUGACCGUGGUUUUUUAUGAGUGUUACUUGGAAAGGUUUGUUUACAUGGAAGGACAGUGGUCAGUAGAGUACAAACUGGAUGCCAAAGAGUUAAAGAAUGGAAACACGUGUUGAAGAAUCUCCAAAUCGAGUGGAAUUUGUUUAUGCAAGCUUGUCACAUAAGUAAAAGCUAUUUCUGAAUGCUGUGCGUAUAUUUUGACGGAUUGUCAACCAUCACGCAUACUGUACUGUCUUCCAUUGUCCCGCAGUAUUGCUGCGAUAAGAUUUAGUUUUAACCAGAAUCUGGACUGAUUUUAGUUUGCACAAAGGGUUCUUGAAUCUUUAUUAUUCUUUUUAAUCACCUUAUGUCCAGUUUAAAUGUGUAUUUUUGUUACUUGUGCAGUAGUCCUACAGAAGUGCAGCAGAAUUGAAGAUAUACCAAUAUAUUUCAAGUAAGGCAUGAGAGACUAGCUGUACCGUAAUUAGACAAAGAUAAAAGAAGGAAGUGUGAAGGAAAAUCACUGCUCGUGAAAAUAUAUAUUUCAGAUACUAUAACAGAAUAUGAUGUCAUUCUACAGAACAAAUUAAAAGCAGCAGGUUAUGGCUUACUUAUUUGCACUAGUCAAAGGAGUAAUAUCUGGGCAACUUCAAACUUUAUGCACUUUGAGGGCUUUAGGACACCAGGGAACAGACAUUGCAACACUCCAGUUACUGUUUUCUUUAGACUGUUAUCAUUUAUCAGUUAUUUUACAUCAUGUCUGUGUUAAUGAAUGACUGGGGGCUGCCCUGUACUUGUCAACUUGUUUGGCUGUAAAAAAAAAAUCUGUCAACAAAGAUUAUUCUGCCAUUAUUCAUUGAUAUGGAAAGAUCUUUCUCAAAGUGUGAUUGAGCAUGACUGUGUUCAGUUUCUGGCAGUCUAAAAAUCCUUCAAUUUGGUGACUAUGAUGUUCUGUAGUUGGGGUAGCCCUCAUGUUAUUCAGUAGGUCAUUAUAUACUGUACCACCAUGUCACCAUUUGUAUUCUACCUUUGAUUGUGUUGGGUCUUGUGAUCUUUUUUUGUAAUUCACAGUGAUGUCAAAUCGUAUUUUAUCAGUCUUCCUUUUGAAGUAGACUGGCUUUAACAGGUCUGUAUUUGCAGGUAUUUUCAUAAUGAUGCCAAUAUAAUUAAUAUGCCUAUUUGAUAUUGACCAUACAACACAACAAUUAUUUUAGUUUGUAAGACUAAUGUUCUCAAACCUGCAUGUGGCCUUUACAAAAUCUUACUAGCUGUGUGUACAGCAUACGCAUGAGCAUGAUAGUACUGGACUUUGAGUCCAACAAACAUAACUUAUAUUAGAUUUUACUUAAUUGUAACAAAACCAAUUUAUUAAAUAGAAAAUUUACAGUUAAUUUGGAAGCUUUUUUAACAUUGGUAGGAAUGUUGUCGUAUGUUGUUGUAUUCUGUACAGCCGACAUUCCCGAAAACACAUGGAAAUCAGUGUUGUUCUAUUUUAGAAUAUUGAUAUAAAUUUUCUUUUGUGGGAUUUAAAUCUUUUCCUAAACAUACAGCCAUUAAUGCAUCUUUUUUCACUUAGUAUUUCUGUAUACCCACAAUAACCUUCAUCCAGGUAUUUCUCAACUAGUUCAACCGCACACAGUCACCUAAUCUGCUGUGUUUGAGUGUGUUGUGUUUGUGUCGUCUGACACUAAAGGAUGGUGUUUAGAGAUUUAUGUGUGCGUGUGUGUGUGUGUGUGUGUGUGUGUGUGUGUAUGUGCGUGCGCGUGUGUUUGUGUGCGCAACCACAUCUAAACUUGUAUGUUGAGCAUCCACUUGCGUUUGUCAUUGUUUAUUUAUUGACACUGUUUAAAUUCACUUUACUCAAGCAGUCUAAUCUUUCAAAUAACAUCAUAUAAGGAUGCGUUUACACAAGAUUGUGCUGUUGUAAUUAAAAUCAUUCAUUUUACUGUUAUUUUAAGAUAUGUAAUAUAUUCAAAGGACAAAGAAAUCUCUAAACUACUGGAUUAGAUGACGUUCAGUUGGAGUGUAUUAACAGAUUGAACUACAUGUUGUCUCACUGUUUUUUGUGCUUUCUUAUGUGACUAAUGCUUAUAUCAUUUAUUUCCAAUAAUUAUCAUGUUAUUUACCUUUUGUCUUCAUCUGUAAAAUAUGAAUUGUUUUCACACAAGUUGUCAUUUAUAUUCUGAACGUUGUGUCUUCGGUUGUAUCAAGAGUGCCUUGACAUUUUUUUAGUGAGACAUGUUAUUUGUGAGUGAAACCACAUUUGGGGAAUGAAGGAGAUGAAUGAAAGGGAUGGAGGAAGUCAUGCAAAACUUUUUACAUAUGCAAUGCUAAUCGUGACAUAUCUGAUAACACUCCUCUGACUCGCACCAUUGUACUAUGGGUGUGUUGGAGUUACGGGGGAUGGGUUUGUGCCAGGUACGAUAUUAAUAAAAGCCCUUUGACACUUGGAAGUUAACAACAGCAGCAGAGUCUCUCUUCACUCUGCAUCCAGCUGCACUUGGCAAAACUUUGACUUUCAUACUUUAAAUGUCAGAGGCAGAAAAAUGGGAAAACCUGUGCUUGUACAGUAAGUGGCAAGUGCUUCUCACCUUCCCAGUUUGAAAGAGCCUUAAUUUACAAUAACUGAAAGAUUGAGUUGGGUUAUUAAAUGUGCAUGCAUGCCCGUGUGUCUGUUUAGGUGCGAGCUCUGGGAAAGGGAGCUGAUAAUUGGGUUUCCUAUUGCAUCCAAGAUCCAUAGUCUUCAGUCACAGUAAGGCUUUAUAUACUCGAGGGGCCUAUUUGACAAAAGGUCUUUAUGUCCUGCGUCACAUGACGUCACAGUUGGCAUUUCAUCAAUCCAUAUCUUUUAUCUUGUGCGGGGACAGAACGUAAUUACACUUUAUUGCAUCAACACUCAAGAACAAAGGAGAACUUUCCCUGUUAUGUCACUGAUUCUAUCUGAUAAGUUACUGGCUGAUAUGGCCUGAUGUGUUGGAACUAUGCCUCCCUGAAUCCUACUGUCAUACCUCUGUGUGUGGUUAGGAUUUGGCCUGACAUUACUGUUGAAUUGAGUUCUUGGUGCUUCAGUGAAUGCUUCAUGACUUGUGUAAGUACAGAUCAAUUAAAAGAAACAUAUAAAAUCUGUCUACACAUUAUAUUUUUGUAGAUAAUAUAUAUUUAUUUUUAUUUAUUGUUGAAUAAAGUUUAAAUUAUUGUAUCACUCUCAAAUUAGUCCCUUCACUGCAUAUGUUUUUUCAAAACCUAGAGGCCUCUGGCUCCGGCCCCUGCUUGAAAAUGAGAUGUCCAAAAUGAAUAGUGUAUCUCUGAAACUGCAAAGUCUAUUUGGUAUCAUCAUAAAGGUAACACUUGUUGGAUUUCUGCAGAGGUGUAAGCAUCAGUAUUUACAGUAUAUGUAACAGAGUCAGCGUAAAUAAAUAUGGAACACAGCAUAAAUGAAAGAUUUCAUUUGCAACUAACAAAACUGUACACUGUACAGACUGAAUACCCCGUUUGGAUGAUGCAGGUGCAGCCCAUAGCAAACCAUAUCACAAUAGCUGAACAGAGGCAGAGCAACGUUGGAGAGGUUUUAGUCGAGGCAUGUAAAGGUGAAAUCUCCAAAUUGGUCAUUUGGGUACAUUUAGUUUCCAUCUGUGCCAUUUGAAAUGUUCUCAGAUAAUUGUAAAACUCAUUUAGUUAUAUUAAUAUAUCACUAUAGGUAUUAUUUUCCUCUUUUUUUAAAACUCAAUCAACCAGACCUCUAUACAUGUUCUCAUUCAAAGAAAACCAUAACCCAUUGGUCUAGAAUGAGUGCAGUACUACAAUUCCUCCACCAGGAGGAGACAUAGACUGUGUUUUCACAUGCAAGGCUGAGGAUAGGCUGCUCCUUGCUGGAGGAAGGUAGAGUGCAAAUUCUCCUUCAUGCAAAUGAAUAGACACGGCUGGAAUUGACUCAAAAAUCAUCCAGAGACAAUGUAGUAGCCAUAAGUAGCGUUGAUAUUCCCUCGAACACAAUUUUUUAUUUUACAAAACAACAAAGUAUAUAUAAAUAUAUAACAGUCUAUUUGUCCUCCUCUAUUCUGCCGCUGGUUCAGGGGGGUUUGGUCGUAGAGUGAUCAAACAUGUACCGUUGGAAUCUGUGGAGUCUCGGCUUUCUUAGUGCCUUAUUGUUUUUGCAAGUAGCAUGAAGUUGGCAAAAUCACUUGCAGCCCUAACGUCCAUGCACCUUUAUCAUGUUUUUUGCUGUGUACUUAUUUAGUUGCUUGGUGUUGGAAUUGUGUUUUGUCUCAGUAAAAAUGGUUAUUGUGAGCUUUUAGCCGAGCUUCUUUCCGUUUGAUGAGUAUGUAGAAUGAGUUGUUAUUGCAUGUUCAUUGUUAACAAAUGCCCCCAGUACCAGGGAUUGAUGGCUUUCAAGACCUCCAACAAACCUCCACAGGUUCUCACUGAAAAUGAUCAUUUCGAUAAGAAUAAAACAGCAAAACACAGAAAACAGGCAGUAACAGUGUGUUUUUAUUACUGAAGGUAUCAAAAUCCUGUGCAAUUCAAAUCUGUUUCAUAUACUUUAUGGGUGUAGGCUAGUGCACAUUUUACAGGUGAUGUUGGUAUAAGUUGCUGGUAAUCUUCAAGUCAAAAAUUUCCUUUUAAAGUUUUGUUGAUCAGUUUGGUCUAAUCCCUCUUGAAAAUCCUCUUUGCGUCCACACCUUCAUAGUUGUAGGUCUGUUGAUAAAAGAUCAUGUCAGAUAUGGUUAUUAUAUAUAACUUGACUUAUAAAUGAAAUUCUGUAUUUGAGCUCCUUAUCCAUAACGUAUUAACAUAUGUAACUUGGUAUAAGUUAUCCGAUUUUGACUGAUGUAUAUGUGUAUUCAAAACAUGUCACAGCAUCUCUUAACAAUAUAAAAUAACCUGUAGCUCAGCACCUUCUUUAACGGCUUCCCAAGUGUGAGGUACAAAAUGUGGAUUUUUCGUGCCCCAAUUUGCAUGGAUAUAAAUUCACCCUACCUGUAUAAAUUCAUCUCCUUGGACAAUUCUGGUUGUUGUCAGUUGCUUCCCGUUGUCCUUCCUAUUGAAGAUCCCCUUCAUCAUGUCUCCAUCCAUGGCCCACGAGCCCUGCAGGGUGAAACAUGAAACUUAUUCAUAACAUGAAUAUUAGGUGGGUAAAGUUUUAAAACUUUGACUGUUUGUGGUAGUGAGUUAAAAUCAACUGGACACAAUGGUUACCACAAUAAAAGUCUUUAGCUAACAGAUUAACUUUUUCCUUGCCACUCAAGGGUCCAAAGUCUAAAGUGGCUGAAAUACCCAGCUCAUCUUAAAGUAUGUAGAACUAAACAAUUGCACAAAAUCACAAAAAUGUAGAUCAUUUGAGUCAAGCGCAAGUAUUUUCUUGUAAAAGUCAGUUUUUGAGUUAUUAGAAAGCGUAAUGAUGAAAAAAAGCACAUCCACUAGAUGGCACUUUUACUUACUGAUAGUUCUGUUCCAUCUGCAAGGCUGUACUCAAAGGUAACCCCCAGGGUGAAGUCUAAUUCCAGGGUGCGGAAAUUGCUGCUCUCCUUGACAUGAAACUUGUCUCCGGUCUGUUCGAUGCUUAUCUUGAGGUUGUCGUGAGCAGCCAGCUUCCUCUUCACCAUGGUAAUUCCUAUCAACAGAUUCAUUGGAAUAUGUUCAGUAUAGGCUUUGAACAAUCAGAGGAAGUUUGCAGGAUGUAAUCACUUUCCAUGCACAUAUAGCUCCUUCGUUUGUGUAUUUGUAGAGGUAAGUAGGUACAAAAGCCAAAUCACAAACAUGUUCAGUCAGUCAUUGUUCCACCAGGUGUUUUCAUGUGAGACUUAAGCAUUUAAAGACCGAAGAUUUUAACUAAUAUCUUGACUGCAUACAUAAAAAUAAAACUGAAUGAAUGAAUUUGAUCGAAUAAUUUUUUUUAUGAUUCUCAGUUUGCUUCCUAACUGACAUUUUGUCUUAUUUUCAUGAAAUUAAAACUUUAUUAAUGCUUCAACAGCUGCUAUCAGAUCUUGGUUAUAUUGUUGUCAUCUUAUUACACAAAGAGUAAACAUGUUAAUGGGACACACUGUGAUUUUUCAACCAUAUUCCAUAUAUGAAACAUGGCAUUCCGUCCUCAGCAUUGUAUCAGCUCAGUUUGAUAUCACUCACCCAUCUUUUCCAUGAAUUUCUCGUAGUUAUCAUUGCGAUCAAUUUUCCAGUUGCCGUUGAAGGUCAUGGUGGCUGUGAGGGUGAGCUGGACAACUCUGCAGUGAGGAGUGUCUCACUCAGAGUCUGCCACUCCUUUUAAACCACACUCCCUCUUAUCUGGCCAUCUAAUCUCAGUGCUGAUGUGGCCGUUUAAAGCUCAUAUUUUCUCAAGGCAAUAUCCACAGCUGCAGUUGAUUGUGCAAUGCCAAUGUCCUUAACAGAGCUGCACCAUAGCCAAUCAAUCUUACCAUAUGGUGUACUUUUUGAAUAUUAGAAUGGUUGACACAUCCUGUUUCACCUCUAUCUCUGUUUGCAAAGGGUGUUGGUCACCAUGAAUUCAGUGAGGAAACGAAGUGACUAAGCAUGCAGCAAAUACAACUAAAAUAUAUGUUUUUAUUUAACUUGCAACUCAAUCACGAUUCGAAUGUCUAGUUUUUGGCCCUUGUACGUACAGCUGACCAAAAAAGAAAAAUAACUAAACAAACCUGUUGAAGCAUAUGUGAAUGCAAUGAUUCCACUACUUUAAAUGUGACUUUCUCUGAUGUCAUUUUGCCAAA